CUUGACAUAACAAACAUCGUAUCUCAACUGACUCACUCACACUCAUCAACAUGUCCAACAUGUCUACUAUCGAUGCCGCCGAGGUGCUGAACAAGUACAACUCCCAAUGGGUCGAGUUUCACAUCCGUGACCACCUCGAGAAGGGCGAGAUCUCCAUCCGCCAUACCGUCAUCGAAGGCGGCGAAUUCCACAACCCCGACACCACCAAACCCAUGACCGAAGACGACGUCGACGAACUGACCAUCCCGUCCUACGGCGUCGGCGAGAUCUGCGCCCGCGGCAGAAGAGGCAGCGAAGGCCGUCUGGACCUGUUCCACGACGACGAAAAGAUCUGCGAACUGCACUGGGACAAUCGCCAGGAGAAUGGCCUCAACUUGGUCGAGGUGCUGGACGGAAGUAAGCAGUACAGAGUGGAGCAUGGGGGAUGGAGCCCAGAGGCGGGACCUCUGGGCCAUGUGUACGUUGACAUCUGGGAGAUGAAGAAGAAGCUCGAGGAGAAGAAGAUGCUGGAGCAGAAGAUCGAGGAGAUGCAGAAGACUGCUGCUUGAUUUACGGCGUUCUUGCACUUGCCAGCGUGGGUGGGGUGUUUUGGUUUGUUUCGGGUUUACUUUUUUAUUUUAUUUGCAUGAUCUAUCUAUCUCGCAUCGACAUUAACGCUGGAAGUGAUGUUGCUAGUGACUGGGAAAUUGUUAACAUACUAUGUAUCAACGGAAUGAAUAUAAUUAUUGAAA